CACCUGCUCACCGUUCUGCCAAUGUACAAUACGCAUGUAACGGCGACAGGUACAUCUGUCUUGCUUCACGAAUGGAAAGCUGUGCACUGACGGCACGUUAUGCAGCCCUAACAUCGCGGGCUAAUCCCAACUUGGGUCGCUCCCGCUCGCCAACAAUGUUCAACUUUUCCACUAAUAGGAACUUGGUGCACUUGAACGGGUUGAAGCAGAUGGUUGUAAGGUACUCUCGGCGGCUGGCCAAUGUUGGGAUUUUGAACAAAUCCAGCAAUUCCUCAUAACUAGCAGACCAUCUUCCAGAGCUGGUCGAGGCUACCUCGAGGACAGAUGGCCGCCCAGUAACAGUGAUCCCUACCUGGUGUGUGAGGCUCUGGUCCGUACUGCAGUCCUGGAUGACUGGACUGACUUUGACUGGACUAACAUGCCCUCUAAACCUUGACUGACUUUGUCUCUACUAGCUACCACUGAUUGUAUACCAACUGAAAUCUCUGGUUU